AUGUUUUUCUUGGUGGAGAACGGGAAGGGCCGGCCAUGCGAGCAGGCCUCGGGGCCGUGGCUGGAGGCCGCGCCACGAGGCGCCUACACGACGGCCCGCACCGUGGGCGGCAGCUCGGUGCUGGAACUGAGCUUCCACAUCCAGCGCCUGGCCACCAGCGCCGGCCUCAUGAUGGAGGCGGCGGCAGGCGCCGCGUCAGCACCCGCUGCCGCGGCAGCGGCGGCCGACGUGGCGCGCCUGCGGCCGCGCGUGCUGGCUGCCAUGCAGGCCGCGGUUCGGGGCUACCGCGCCGCGUCUGGGGACGCAGACGGCGAGGUCCGGCUGACCGUCCUGGUGACCUGGCAGGCCUGCCAGGCGCAGGACGGGCAGCAGGAGGCAGCGCCGCCGGUCGCCGGCGCUGGUGCCGGCAAUCACGGCAGCAGCGCCGCUGCCAGCCCAGCUGGCGGCGCAGGCGAGGAGGGCGCGUUUGAUGUGCUGGUGCACGUCAGCGCGCUGCCGCCGCGCCCCGCGCCGCCGGUACGGGUGGUGAUGCGGGGCGCGCCCCGCCACAAUGCGGAGGCCAAGGACAGCGAGUGGGUGCGGCAGCGCAGGGGCCUGCUGCAUGGCCUGCCGCCCGGCGUGGAGGAGGUGCUGCUGGUUGGGGAGGGCGGCGCCCUGCUGGAGGGCCUCUCUUCCAACUUCUUUGCGGUGGCGCGCGGCGCAGUGCACACCGCUGGGGAGGGCAUCCUGGCAGGCACGGUGCGGGAGGUGGUGCUGGCGGUGGCGCGGCGGGAGGGCAUCCCAGUGGUGCUGGAGCCGCCGCGGCUGGCUGACCUGGAGGCCUGGGACGGCUGCUUCAUCACCAGCACCAGCCGCCUGCUGCUGCCCGUGGACGAGGCGGGCGUGUUCCCGGAGGGUGGAAGCGCAGCCUCAGCAGCAGCAGACGCAGACGCAGACGGCACCGGCGCCAGCCGGCCGCUGCAGCGGGUGCGCCGCUUUGAGCGUGGCGGCCUGGUGCAGCGGCUGGAGGCGCUGGUGUUGGCUGAGCUGGAGAGGCGCAGCGAGCCGCUGCUUGGCUAA